AGCAGUAACUUGGCCACAUGUUUAAAUUGGACGAAUUUAUACCGGAAUUCGUUAUGUCUCAAAGGCGAGGACGUUAUUAGAGUAUCCACACGCGUCUGCGGAUGUUGGUAUGAAUCGCUCGUCUAAGGUUUUUAUCGUAAAGCUAGCGGAACUCAGCCGGCGAAAUCAAGCGGAGCCAAAGGAGCACAACAGUGAGCUAGCCGUAGCCUGUUAGCUACCCGUUAGCCCAGAAGCCGCUAACCCGUCCACUCUCAGACACCGGCACGCUUGUGAUACAGAAAAUUAAGUGAUAUCGAAAUAUAUAUCGGGGGUCCGCUCCGACAGUAAGUAGCUUAAUAGUAUUUAACUAUCACUGUGGAGUUAAUUUAAAGACGGAGAGGGACCGUGACAGGCAGAGGUUGGGACCAGCAGGACGAAACAAGCGGAGUCCUCAAGUGGCCGUUCACCAUGGACAACGCACACACGAAGACGGUGGAAGAAGUUUACAGCUUUUUUAACGUGAAUGAAAGCACGGGUCAGAGUUUAGAGCAAGUGAGGAAACAACGGGAACGAUUCGGAGCAAACGAAUUGCCAGCUGAAGAGGGAAAAUCCCUGUGGGAACUAGUGGUUGAACAGUUUGAAGAUUUGCUUGUGAGGAUCCUUUUACUCGCUGCCUGCAUAUCCUUUGUACUGGCCUGGUUUGAAGAGGGGGAAGAAACCAUAACAGCCUUUGUGGAGCCUUUUGUUAUCCUUCUUAUUCUCAUAGCGAAUGCCAUUGUGGGAGUCUGGCAGGAGAGAAAUGCAGAAAACGCCAUUGAAGCACUUAAAGAGUAUGAGCCAGAGAUGGGGAAGGUGUACCGCCAGGACAGGAAGAGUGUCCAGCGAAUCAAAGCCAGGGACAUUGUGCCUGGGGACAUAGUGGAAGUGGCAGUUGGGGAUAAAGUGCCUGCAGACAUCCGGCUGACUUCUAUCAAGUCAACCACGCUGAGGGUGGAUCAAUCCAUUCUUACAGGAGAGUCAGUAUCUGUGAUCAAACACACUGACCCUGUGCCCGACCCCCGGGCUGUCAACCAGGACAAGAAAAACAUGCUCUUUUCUGGCACCAACAUUGCAGCUGGUAAGGCUGUUGGCGUGGUUGUUGCCACGGCCGGAAACACAGAGAUUGGCAAAAUCCGUGAUGAGAUGGCAGCGACAGAACAGGAGCGCACACCACUGCAGCAGAAGCUGGAUGAGUUUGGACAGCAACUAUCCAAGGUGAUUACACUGAUCUGCAUUGCUGUUUGGAUCAUCAAUAUCGGACAUUUCAAUGACCCUGUACAUGGAGGCUCCUGGAUCCGAGGUGCUGUUUACUACUUUAAGAUUGCUGUGGCCCUGGCAGUUGCUGCCAUCCCUGAAGGUCUGCCUGCUGUCAUCACUACUUGCUUGGCUUUAGGAACACGGCGCAUGGCCAAGAAAAAUGCUAUUGUCCGCAGUUUGCCUUCCGUGGAGACCCUUGGCUGUACAUCUGUCAUCUGCUCUGACAAGACUGGCACUCUGACCACCAAUCAGAUGUCUGUAUGCAGGAUGUUUAUCCUUGAUCGGGCAGAAGGGGAACACUGUUCAUUUAAGGAAUUCACUGUUUCUGGCUCUACGUAUGCCCCGGAUGGAGAAGUGUCCCAAGAUGGAAAACCAGUCAAAUGUUCCCAGUAUGAUGCUUUGGUGGAGCUGGCCUCUAUCUGUGCUCUCUGUAAUGACUCCUCAUUGGACUACAAUGAGACCAAAGGUGUGUAUGAGAAGGUGGGUGAGGCCACAGAGACGGCUCUCACAUGCCUGGUGGAGAAGAUGAACGUGUUUGACACUGAUGUUAAAGGCCUGUCCAAGAUCGAGAGAGCCAACGCCUGUAAUUCUGUGAUCAAGCAGCUGAUGAAAAAAGAGUUUACUUUGGAAUUCUCCAGAGAUAGGAAAUCCAUGUCUGUGUACUGCACCCCUAAUAAGGCCCGCUCCUCCGUCGGAAAGAUGUUUGUAAAGGGUGCCCCUGAGGGAGUGAUUGACAGGUGCACACACAUUCGGGUGGGCACUAACAAGGUGCCCUUGACAGCUGGCAUCAAGGAAAAACUCAUGUCUGUGAUCAGGGAAUAUGGAACUGGCAGGGACACCCUGCGCUGCCUGGCUCUGGCCACCAGAGACAACCCCAUGAACAAAGAUCAGAUGGUGCUGGAGGACUCAAACCGCUUUAUUGAAUACGAGACUGAUUUGACAUUUGUCGGCUGUGUCGGCAUGUUGGAUCCUCCCCGAGCAGAGGUGGCAGCCUCUAUCAGACUCUGCCGUCUUGCUGGCAUCCGAGUAAUUAUGAUCACCGGAGACAACAAGGGGACGGCAGUGGCUAUCUGCAGACGCAUCGGUAUUUUUGGAGAGGACGACGAUGUCUCGAGCAUGGCAUACACUGGCCGAGAGUUUGAUGAUCUGUCACCUGCUGCGCAGAGAGAUGCUGUGGUGAAAGCCCGCUGCUUUGCCCGCGUCGAGCCUUCACAUAAAUCCAAGAUUGUUGAAAUUCUACAGUCCUUUGAUGAAAUCACAGCUAUGACUGGUGAUGGAGUGAAUGAUGCGCCUGCACUGAAGAAGGCUGAAAUUGGAAUAGCCAUGGGCUCAGGCACAGCUGUGGCCAAGACGGCGUCUGAGAUGGUGCUCGCUGAUGACAACUUUUCCACCAUCGUAGCUGCAGUCGAGGAAGGACGAGCCAUUUAUAACAACAUGAAACAGUUCAUCAGAUACCUCAUCUCUUCAAAUGUGGGCGAAGUUGUCUGCAUCUUCCUUACUGCUGCUCUAGGGUUUCCUGAAGCCCUCAUCCCUGUUCAGCUGCUCUGGGUCAACCUGGUAACAGACGGUCUACCUGCCACCGCUUUAGGCUUCAACCCCCCAGACUUGGACAUCAUGAGCAAGCCACCACGCAACGCCCGCGAGCCCCUCAUCUCCGGUUGGCUCUUCUUCAGAUACCUGGCAAUUGGAUGUUAUGUGGGUGCUGCCACUGUUGGUGCUGCUGCCUGGUGGUUUGUUGCUGCUGAGGACGGACCAAGGAUCACCUUUUACCAGCUGAGCCACUUCCUGCAAUGCGGUCCAGAGAAUCCAGACUUCGAGGGUAUGGACUGUAAGAUUUUCGAGUCCCCCUACCCGAUGACCAUGGCCCUGUCUGUGCUCGUCACCAUUGAGAUGUGCAACGCCCUGAACAGCGUGUCCGAGAACCAGUCCCUGUUGAGGAUGCCUCCCUGGGAGAAUGUGUGGCUGCUGGGAGCCAUCUGCCUCUCCAUGUCCCUUCACUUCCUCAUCCUCUACGUGGAGCCUCUUCCAAUCAUCUUCCAGAUCACCCCUCUGAACCUGACUCAGUGGCUGAUGGUGCUGAAGAUCUCUCUGCCUGUCAUUCUGCUGGACGAGUUCCUGAAGUUUGCAGCCAGGAAUUACCUGGAGCCUGGUAAAGAGCUGGAGAAGCCCGACAGCUCCAAAGGCUGCUGCCUGUUUGCAUGCAUGGAGGGCAUCUCCUGGCCCUUCGUGGCAGUCUCCCUCCCCCUGGUCCUCUGGAUCUACAGCUCCGACACUAACAUGGCCGACAUGUUCUGGUCCUGACUGACUUGAGCACAACCUCGACUUUCCACCCCCCCCCCCCUCCACCCAUCCACCACUGUCACUCCCCUCCUUCCUCUCUCUCUCUCCCUCUCCUCCCUCUCUGCCUUCCUACAUGUGCAUAGCUAGUGUGUGUGCGCGUGAUUGUAGAGUUAGUGUGUGUAAUUGUGAGUGCGUUCUGUGUGUGUAUGAGAAGGACCAACUUUAACCCAUGAAACGUAACAAAUAAUAUAAAAAUGUUAGUAUUGAGAAGUCAGCUGGUUUAAGUAAGGAUAGGGGGCUCUAAAUGCGAGUGUUAGAAGACCAUCACUCCCAUAACUGUGGACUUAGUCGCUGGUUUCUAGGAAAUAUACUGUCCCCCGAUCUUUUUUGUUCUUCAUGUCAGUACUGCCUUUGAGGUUUAUAUUUUUAAAGAUUUUGAGAAUAUCAUUUGUCACUACAGUAACACCAACUUUUUUUUUUUUUUAGCAUCCCCUCUUCAUAAACAGAACACUUAGAUAUCAGACAUUAAUUGUUAUGUACAGAGAUUGAAGUAUAUGCAAUUUUUUUUUCUUUUCUUUUUUUUUACGGCUUUGUACAUUUUUUUGACCAGCGUGGCUUAAACAUUCCGCCUUGAUUUCUUUUCUAAUGUUUACCAUUGUGUCUUCAGUAUACACUCAGAACUCUCUCAGAGAGGACAGGCUUCGUGAGGCGGACGAGGACGGGGAUACGUUUGGGAGUGAACAUUUGAAUGCUCCGCUUAAACUACAGACAAAAAAAAAAACCUGUAAAAAAAAAAAAAAGAAAAAAAGAAAAGCCGCAUGUCCUGUGACCAAGCAUGAAUUCUGUGUGGUUUAUCCAUUCUAAUUUAAUUGUGUUUGUCCCUUUCAACCCCAUGUUAGAAAUAACUUCAUGGAUGUUUUUUUUUUACUAAAAUGAUUUGAGAAGAAGCCAGUUUUUCUGCACUGGGCAGAGCACAGCUACCUCAAGAUGAUAAAACGGUGAUUAUUUUGUUGCUCAUCUCUAGAUUAUCUUCCUAAAUUUUCUAAAGCGUAACAUCCGAGGUGUGCCCUUAUUUGCUUGUGCAGAAAACAAAGGAAAUAAUUUGCCUUCCCUCUAAUAUUUUAAGGACAUACUUUGUAUUGAUUUUUGACAUUCUUAACUUUAUUUGUGUUUUGCUUUGGAGAAGGAACUGAGUGGGAAUGACUUUUGUUAAAUACGUCUCCAUAACGUUUGAUUCAAAGGACAGUAAUAUUAAAAAGUAUAUAAAAAAAAUAAAUACUCAAACAGAAAGUACUCCAAAUGAACUUGGAUUGAACAUCCCAAAUUGUUGUUUUUUACUCCAAGGAAAAAUACACUCAUAAACCCUUUGAAUCAAAGUGUUUUCUGUCUUUAUUUAUUUGAAACCAUUUAGACCGACAUAACUCAUAUCCAGUGUUUUACGUAUAUGCAUUUAAUACUUGAAUACAAAUCAUUUAAAUCUCAUGAAUGCUUCUGUACCCUUGGCACAACAGGAGAUAUUCACAACACAGCGAUCUUGUGUGUAUCUGACUUUUCUAGGCUUUAACAUUUGAAGGUGUUGGUUUGUGUUGGGUCCCACACUGUGUGGAAAUGUACAAACAUGGGAUCAAAGCCUGUAUUGUCAACAUCACUAAUCCUGGACCACCUAAGCAUUGUUUUCUAAGGGGGAAAAAAAAUCCACAUAGGGGGAAAAAAACACUCGUCUGAAGCAUGCAUUUUUGGGUUGAAGCCUGCUCUGUUCCCACUGUGUGUGUUUGUGUUCCACUUAAAAACUGUGUGCUUUUCUUCCUCAAUGCCGCCAUUGGCUUCCCUGUCACUAGAGUUGGCUCUCAUAAAAAAAAAGCUAAGUUACUGAGUGGGCUCAGAGGCUGGCCGGACUUGCUGUACCGUCCAGCAUGCGUGCUCAUUCUGAACUUCACACACCUCAGACAACAUGAUGACCAGCAGUGUGUGUGUACCGUUGCACAGACACACAAAAAAAAGGACAGAAGUCCAUAGUAUGAAAGACCAAAUCAUAAGGGUGCAGUUAGGCUCAUUGCAUCACAACCACACACACACACACACACACAUUUCUUAACACACUUAUACCUCUGUGUGCAGAUUCAAUAUCAACAUGACGCCAUUCCAGUUUUAUUUGCAGGGAAGUUCUUAACACCCUCGAUGUACCUGCUUGCAUGAAGAACUUGUUUCAACCCUCUGUUAGCUUUGUCACAUAGAAUCUUAGGAACACGGGGUUGAAUGAUCUUAGCUGUACAUCAGUGUACAAACACAUCCAUGCAUGCGUUUCAGCUGUACGUAGGCUUUGCAAUUUGUAUUUAUAGAUUCUAAUGUAUAAUACUCAAAUGACAUAUUAAGAUGGUUUUAAGAUGGAUUUAUUGCAGAUAUGAAAAAAAAUCACUGUUUUUAUUGUAAUAGUUUGGGGUAAAUUGCACAAUAAUACACAUGGGGAAACGACUAGGUGAGCUUGACAGUGCUCUGCUAAUUAUUUUUUUCUAUUUGAUUCUUUUUUUUUUUUUUUUAAUUCUUUUGUUACUUUUUUGUCUCCUCUUGAGCUCCUGUACGCUGAUCACUGAUCCACUUAGGUUCUGAUACUUUGCAAUGAGGACAAUGGACUUUACCUUUGAUUCAGUGGUAAUCCUGCAAUACAACAGUGUUCCCCUGUUUUCUUAUUAUCUUCGCAUUAUUAAUACAACCAUAUAUCCUUUUCAACUGCUGUAAAACUGUGAUCUAAUGUGAGGGGGCCUGUGCUGUCCCCUCAGCGACACCUGGUCGAAGAACAAUAUUUACCAUGUGUUAAAAAGUCGAUCAUUAUUGAAAACUGAUAAUGAUUGUACGUUGCAUUAUUGAGGUUGUGGUUUCAGGUAAAUAAAACAUUAUAGUAUUUAAAUUGUCA